AUGGACGUUCCGCAAGAUGCGCCUGCUGCUUGUCCCGGGACAGGAAGUGGAGUUGCAGGAAAAGUGAGUGCGUGUCAAGGAUGCCCAAAUCAAUCUGUGUGUGCUUCGGGCGAGCAGAUGAAUCCCGAUUCCGAUAUUGCUGCGAUUAAGGAGAAAUUGCUGCCUAUCGCCAACAAGAUCAUGGUUAUGUCAGGAAAAGGAGGUGUGGGCAAAACAUCUGUAACUGCAAUGCUAGCCCGUGGGCUGGCGAAGCGCUAUCCUACUUCUCACAUAGCUGUACUGGACGUGGACGUUUGUGGGCCAUCCAUGCCGAGGGUGAUGGGCGUCGAGGGAGAGUCGGUGCAUGUGAGCGGAAUGGGCUGGUCCCCAGUGGCUGUUGAUGAUAACAUCAGCGUGAUGUCGAUUGGAUUCCUGUUGGAAAAUCUGAGCGAUGCGGUUGUAUGGCGAGGACCGAAGAAAAACGGAUUAAUUAAGCAGUUUCUGCGGGACGUAGAUUGGGGUCCGGCGGAUUACCUGCUGAUAGACACUCCCCCGGGAACUUCAGAUGAGCACCUGUCAGUUGUUCAGUUCCUGCUUCCGGCGAACCCGAAGGGUGCUGUUAUCGUAACGACACCUCAGGAAGUUUCUCUGUUGGAUGUUCGAAAAGAGAUUAACUUUUGCAAGAAAGUGAAAUUGCCGAUCCUUGGUGUCGUGGAGAACAUGAAACGUUUCGUUUGUCCUUCGUGCAAUCAUGAGAGCGACAUCUUCCCAGCAAUGCUCAGUGGUGGAACUCGGGAGAUGUGCGAUGAAAUGGGCGUAGCGUUUCUGGGCUCCCUGCCGCUGGAUCCAAGCGUGGGCCGACUGUGCGACCUUGGAGAAGACCCAAUGUCGCUUAAUGACGAUGGACAGCGUUCUAGAACCGUGACACCUGCAGCCAUUGCACACCUCGUUGAAGCGGUCGAUGAGGCGAUUAAGGCGUAG